AUGUAGAGCCCUCAUCUGGGAACGGAGAAAUGUGCACGAGCCCUUGGCACACAUAUGCCCCUUUUGCAAUUUAUCGUUGGCGUUAGAAACAUAUUCACACCCCGACACUUGAAUUGCUUUGUAACAGAGCAGGUGAAGGUACCCAAAUCAUUCACACACCCUUUAUUUAUUCCGUAGUUGCAGUAGCAAACUAUGGUCAUGGCCGCCCAAGACCAAAAGCCGUCGCAGCGGGCUCCGGUUCGCGUCGGAUUUUAUGAUAUUGAGCGCACGUUGGGAAAAGGCAAUUUUGCAGUUGUCAAGCUCGCGAGACAUCGUAUCACGAAAUCAGAGGUGGCCAUUAAGAUCAUAGACAAGACUCAGCUAGAUGCUGUGAACUUGGAGAAGAUCUAUAGAGAAGUGGAAAUCAUGAAGCUGCUGGACCAUCCUCACAUCAUCAAGCUUUACCAGGUCAUGGAGACCAAAAACAUGCUCUAUCUGGUCACAGAGUAUGCCAGAAAUGGAGAGAUAUUUGACUACCUGGCCAGCCGCGGGCGGCUCAGUGAGAUGGACGCGAGGAGGAAGUUCUGGCAGAUCCUUUCAGCAGUGGAGUACUGCCACGAGCGCAGCAUUGUUCACAGGGACCUGAAGGCUGAGAACUUGUUACUGGAUGCACACAUGAAUAUUAAGAUAGCAGAUUUUGGCUUUGGAAACUUCUUCCGUCCCGGGGAGCCCCUGACCACUUGGUGUGGCAGCCCCCCAUACGCAGCUCCAGAGGUGUUUGAGGGGCAGCAGUAUGAGGGUCCACAACUAGACAUCUGGAGCAUGGGGGUGGUUUUGUACGUGUUUGUGUGUGGCACUCUUCCAUUUGACGGCCCCAGCCUUCCUGUACUCAGACAGAGGGUCUUGGAAGGCCGUUUCCGCAUCCCCUACUUCAUGAGUGAAGACUGUGAGCACUUGAUCAGGAAGAUGUUGGUUCUAGACCCAGCCAGGCGUUUGUCCCUGAGUCAGAUCAAAGAGCAUCGCUGGAUGAUGCAGGAGGUCCCGUCCCAGCGGCCGGUGCUCUACAGACAGGGGCUGCCCAGCGAGAGUAAAGCAGGCUUGGUUGAGCACAGUGAACAAGUACUAAGACUGAUGCACACCCUCGGCAUCGACCAGCAGAAGACCAUUGAGUCUCUCCAGAACAAUAGCUAUAACCACUUCGCUGCUAUCUACUACCUGCUCGUGGAGCGGUUGAAAGCGCAUCGCAGCAGUUUCCCUGUGGAACAACGUUUGCACGCCAGCCAGCGCCGCCCUAGCACCGUCGCAGAGCAGACUGUUGUCAAGACCAGUGCAGUUCCCUCCCAAGUGGGCCCCACUCCCCAGGCAGCAUGCCACCUGUGUUCUCCUGUUCUGCUGCAGUCCAAUACAGAUACAUUCACUUUCCCACAAACCCCUGUUUCCCCAGACCAGACACUCAUGGAGGAAGAUGUGGGCACUCCAAAGGUAGAUGGCUGCUUGCUGGACCCACUCCCUCCAGUCAUUGUCCGAAAAGUCAGUGGCUCGCUGCCUAGCAACGUUGUGGAGACAUCCAUCGACGAGGGUAUUGAGACAGAGGAGGAGCAUGCUGUGCCCCUCGCCGCCUUUCAUACCGCUCACUAUAGUCAGCGCCGGCAUACACUGUCUGAGGUCACCAACCAGCCUGCUGUGCUGCCCAUCACAGGUCUCAACCCAUCUCUUUGCAGUAUGGACUCAGAGUACAGCAUGGGUUCUACUCAGAGUGACUUCAGCAUUCCUGAGGAGAAUCCAGCUCUUAAAGAUGUAUUAAAAACUACACGUGCCAGCACCCAAGCACCAGUCUUCCUCGGCAUGAAGCCCCCGAAUCCCACCCUGCAGCCACUCAACCCAGAGGGACGGGAUGCUCAUAAUCACUCACUAGUCAGUUUCAGAGAGGGACGGCGGGCUUCAGACACAUCGCUUACACAAGGUUUAGUAGCAUUCAGGCAGCACCUCCAGAACCUGGCCAGGACAAAGGGCUUCCUGGAGCUGAACAAAGCCCAAAUAGUGUUAGAAAAUGUUGGAGGAGACGCCAACCCCGCCAUCAACCCCCAGGAGCUGCUAGAGCCUCAGCAUCCACUCACACACCAGGGAGAUGGUCACCAGUGUCCGAGUGGAAAAGAUAUGACAGCAUUCACUGGUAAAAUGCACCCUUAUCUGCUGUCCAGGAGACAGAGUUUGGAGACACAGUACCUCGCUCAGCGACUACAGAGGGCCAGUCAGUUGGCGAGUGGUCCUGGAAGUGGUCAGAUGUUUUUUAAAGAGGCUGCACCACGCACUUUGGAGCAACAACUACAGGAGCACAGACUACAGCAGAAACGGCUCUAUCUUCAGAAGCAGUCUCAGGUACAAGCCUACUUCCAUCAGAUGCAGCUGGCAGAAGAUGCUUUCCCCAACUCUCAGGACUGCCGAGACCCCCAGCACAUCAGUAGCCCCCUCUCCAGCCCUCCCUUCAAACAGACCCAAACCCUAACCCCUUUCCUGGAGCCCAGCACCUCACCUCUACCGUGCAGUCCCAAGCCAGCCCGCUAUCCAGACUGGCCUCCACCACUUGCACCCUCAGACAGCCACACAAACUACACGCCAUCCCUCCCUACAGAGCCUCUCUACGCAUGGAGUCCCGCCCAGCCACCUCUCCCACCGGGCAAAGCCGAGAGCCCUUCAGCCCAGCCCGCACCCGAGGCCCCUUUCCUGGACUGUGAGAUGAUGGAGACUGCAGAGGCCCCACAAGGCUGUGUACUUGUAAACUAAAUGUGCACUGCAGGUGAAAUGGCCCACUCUGAGGCUGGCUAUCAGGCAUGAUUCAUUUGAAGGAAAUUGGGGGAGUGGGAAUGCCCUCAGGGAUGAACAAGAUUGUAUGGUUUAUGUCACCGUAUAAACCUACAGACCGUACCAUCUCAUUUACUUGAUCCUGUGAUAGAACCAGCCUGAUGUCAUGAAAAUUACAUGACUGUGGCAAAAUUUUUGCAAAAUGAAAUAAGGUGGUUUCUUGCACAUAUCGCAGCAGUUCUGAGGUGAAAUGUGCACUGUGUGGUGCUAAAAGAGGGACAUUUUCUCCCAAAUAUAUAAGGAUUUUAAGGUUAAUGCUUUAUCGAGUUUUGAAUAAACAAAACCUACCUCCCUACCUUAAACCUAACCGAUAGUGUCAUAAAAAUCAAAUGUUAGAUGAAUGACCGAUUACAUUUUUAAGGAUAAUGAGUGUUAAAUCAACAGAACCUACAAUCCUACUAUAAACCUUAAACCAAAACCUAAACAGUAGUGUCAUAAAACGCAAAUGUGAGACGAAAAAACCAAUUGAGGAAGCAACCAUGUCAUUUUGUGGUGCUUUUGGCUCAUGUGUCGAUUUGAGUACUCUUCAGGUCCUUUGCAUCGCAAGUGCAACAAACUGCGCAGUAGCUGCAUACAGACAUUGGGUCACAUUCAUGAAAAGUCCGUAAAUAAACGACACAUUUGGGAGUAAUUUAUGCGUAAAAUGGAGCUUAACGAAAACUUUCCGCCGGAUUCACAAACACUUCGUAUUCACCAGAUAUGGUAGUAAAACGUGUGUAUGUUAGUGAAUUCCAAAUGUUCGUAAAUAGAGCGCGCGUGCACGUUCAUUCACAAUUAUCGUAAUCCACACCCAUAAAUGCCAUAUAAGGAAGGCUACAUUCACAUUGUAAACUAUUGAUUCAGCAAACACUCAAAAGUUCUAAAAAGAAAGUGAAGAACUUACAGUCUUCGCAUGCUUCUGCUGUCAUCAGAGGUUCUUUUGAGAAUUAAACAGUCAAUAAAAAUUGUUUGACAUGAAGCUUUAGUGUAAAAAAUUUACAGUUCAUGCCGGCUAGGUUGUCCACCACCUGGUGGACAUGGUGACCACCAUUACCUUCUCUGGUUCAGUUGAGUGCAUCGCCAGCAUCAUUGGAGAUAUACUGUACUGUAACAGUGAUAUACCCUUGCAACAGGUAAAAUUAUCAAAUAAAUUGAUAGAAGGCCUGAAAAAAGGUCUUUGACAGAAACGCUGAUUUGCAAGCAUAUUACAGAUUUGCAAGCUAUACGACAGUGUGCAAGCUUUUUCUUCCAGUAAAUCAAAUGCAAACUGCAUCUUUCCAUGAACGUUUCACCCCAUACCAAGCGCUUCUGCUGAAAAAAAAAAAACGAUAAGCAGAGUUGGGAAAAAAACUUUACUUUUAAAAAUAAAUGCAUUUCAUGAAUAAGGCUCAUUGAAUGCAAACAUUAAAGUGUAUUGCCUUACAAGUCAUGCACUAUAGUGCAAGAGUUUAAUUGUCAUAAGGUAGUGUUGUGUGUGGAACAGGGCAAAAAUUACAUGUUUAUGAACUGAAAAUCUGCCGUUUUACUCAGGAUUUGUGUGAAAGUGAAUAAAAGUCAUUGUUGUAGCACCUCUAGUGUUCAUUUCACAAGGAAACUGCUGCGAAACAUUCGAGCCACGUAAAAAUUAUUUUGCAAAAAUGUAAGUAUAGCAACAUGAUUCUAUAAGACCAGGUUGCACAGAACAUUACAGACCUUUUACAAAGAUGUAUGUGAGAUGUGAUAGUGUCCUGAAAAUGUGUUCAGUAAGCACAGAUAAAAUAGUGCAGCUACCAUAGAGUUUUUGAUUCGUAUUAAAGCAAUAUUUCUUUUUUCAAAGAGUUUCAGUGUUUUAUGAGUAGUUUAUUGUUUCAUCCUUAAAUGAGCAGUAGCUACCCAUGUUUUUGUUAUUAGUAUUGUGUAAUUUAAAUAAUGGAUAAUUAACAGAAUACUUGUAAAUAUUAGGACUUUUCUAAGGGGUGAAAAUAAUUAUAAGAUAUAAUGUUAACAUCAGCAUGAAAUGGCAUUCUUAACCAUUUUACUUUACAAGUGAAACAGGGCGGGACUUCAUUUUAUCCAUCAGGAAUUGAUUGGUUUGUAAAAAGUGGGAAUUCCUUUUCAGACUGGAGCUUGACAUCAAUGUGAAUUUGCUAUAAGAAUGCCUAAAAAGCUAUUUGGCUAUUGGUUAACAUAAUCCAGUAUCCUGGGCGUCCUACUGUAGGUGACAUCAGAAGAAAGAAAAGUCGUUUUAGAAGUGGAGCAAGUUAUUAAAUUUUCCUGAAAGAUUACGAAGACUCUUUGAUUUACAUGCUCUGAUGAAUCCUGCACAGUAAGACAUGUAUGAUGUAAGUAAAAAGGGUUGAUUUUGAUCUCAUAUUGACUUUAAAAUGACACUACCUGGCACUACUAAUUUUCAAAGUGGGGUGGGGAAGUAGUAAAGUGCAUGGUUACAAUACAUGGUUUUCUGCUAAUAUGUUUGCUUAUAGAGACACUUUAAACCUUUAGACUUGAGUUAAAUGGAUUGAGCCAAUCAGAUUCCAGUAAAACAAUAUAGAAUACAGUGAUGGAGCAGCAUUGUAGCUUCAUCGUACAAGUCUGCUUAAUCUGCACUACUACUCGAACUGGAGUUCAGCAGAAUUGUUUCAAAAUAUUCAGUGUUGUGCCUUUCGAUUCUUGUUGUUCCUUUGGAGAAUGUCUGUUUUUAGAUUUAAUUCUUCAAGUAAAGCUUCCUGUUUGAAAUUGCAGUGUAAAGCACCCUCUUUUGACAGAUAUUUUGAACCAAAGUCUCCAUUUAGGUUCUAUUUUGAAGUCCACUACGUGGAUUGUUUUAGAACCAUCCAGCUACAUGAUAUUUAGUUGUCAUGGUCGAACAGUAUUUGCCAUCCAAAAGUAUAGCAAUAUCUAGAAUAAUAGUUCCUAUGUUCAAAAUGGGUGUAGUGAAUGUGUUGUCAUUUUUUGCCUUUGAUGAAAAAGAUCUUAUUGUGACUAUUUAAAAUUCUUUGCCAAGUCUUUCUUAUACAUUUAGAAGUGAAAGUUUUGUUAUACUGUAGUUGUUUUUCAGUGCAAAAUGUUUUCCAACAUGUAAUCACAAUAUCAAUUUUGUUAUAUUCAAUUUAAAACGCUGAGUUCCUUGCAUAAAAGGGAAAUAAAGCUCAUGCUC